GACUAAAAGGGAUCAAUGGUCAAGAUGGCUAUCAAGUUUAGUUUAGGAUCCUUCCUGUCUUUCACUAACAAACAUCUUAGUUUGAAUAAAUUAAUUGUGCACAGACGCCUUCUUUAUAUCACAGAGUUUCCCUUCUCUUCUUUCCUCAACUCUCUCUCUCUCUCUCUCUCUCUCUCGCUCGCUGCUUCGGCAAGCAAAGCUAUGGCGUCUUCCUUCCUCCCAUCUCUGCUAUUGUUAUUAUUCUUCUUCUUUUUUAUGCCUUCUUCUUUGUUCUCACAGCCACUGUCGCCAGACGUGCUGCUCCUUAUAGAGAAGGUUAAGCCUGCUCUCGGGGGCAACUCUGAGAAUUUCCUCCUGGCCUCAUGGAACACUACCGUUCCCCUCUGUCAAUGGAGGGGACUCCAAUGGGGCUUCCAGAAUGGCACCAUCCUUGACUGCGAGAGCCGCAGUCCUAAUUACUCGACAUCUACCAAUCAAACCUCCUCCCUCCUUGGAGACCCCUCCCUGCAACUCCUCUCCCUCCAGCUCCCAGCCGCCGGCCUCGCGGGCGAACUGCCCCGCGAGCUCGGCAAGUUCUCCGCUCUCCGUUCGAUUUUCCUCGACAUUAAUUCCCUCUCUGGCGGCAUCCCUCUUGAGCUCGGCAACAGCCCCGCCCUCUCCGACGUCGACCUGCACGGUAACGCCCUUUCCGGCCCGCUGCCACCGUCAAUUUGGAACCUCUGUGACCGGCUCGGCUCGCUCCAUCUCGACGACAACCGGCUAUCUGGUGAGCUGCCGCGCCCCGCUCUCCCCAACGUCUCGUGUCCGAGUCUCGUGUCUUUGAAGCUCGGAAGCAACCGGUUCGACGGCGAGUUUCCCGAUUUCAUCGCCGGAUUCACCUCUCUAAAGGAGCUCGAUCUGGGAAACAACCUUUUCUCAGGUCCGGUGCCGGAGACUCUACUGGGGAUGCAGAGCCUCACCUCGUUGAACCUCUCCCACAAUAACUUCAGCGGCAGGAUUCCAGGCGGCCUACGUUCACGGUUCGGCGAGGCGGCGUUCGCGGGGAAUCCCAUUAGUUCAAAUGCAAAGCCAGGCCUGUCACCAGGGGCGAUAGCCGGAGUGGUCAUUGCUUCAAUGGCCGGGUUGGUGAUCCUGAGUUCGGUCUCAAUUGGAUUGUUGCAGAAGAGGAAGAAGAAGAAGGGGGAUGGAAGCGAAGAAGAGGCAGACGAAGAGUGGGGCGGUGGGGAGGGCAAGUUGGUGCUUUUCCAGGGCGGCGAGCACCUCAACUCCGAGGAGAUCCUGAACGCCACCGGCCAGGUUAUCGCGAAGACGAGCUACGGGACGGUGUACAAGGCGAAGCUUGGCGAUGGUGGUGUCAUCUCUCUGAGGCUGCUGAGGGAAGGGAGUUGCAGAGAGAGAGAGUGGUGCCUGCCGCUGGUGAGAGAGAUGGGCCGCGUUCGCCACGACAAUUUGGUGCCCCUGAGGGCCUUCUAUGAAGGUGAGAGGGGCGAGAAGCUGCUUGUCUAUGAUUACCUGCCCAACAAGACGCUACAUGAUCUCCUUCAUGAAACUAGAGCGGGGAAGCCGAUGUUAAAUUGGGUACGUCGGCACAAGAUUGCUUUAGGGAUAGCCAGAGGACUUGCUUAUCUCCACACUGGCCUGGAAACACCACUCAUUCAUGGAAAUCUGAAAUCGAAGAACAUCUUGGUUGACGAAUUUUAUGUUGCUCGGCUGACAGAAUUCGGGCUGGAUAAGUUAAUGGUGCCUGCUGUGACAGAGGAGAUGCUAACUGCCAUCAAAUCCGAAGGUUAUAAAGCACCAGAGUUGCAGAAGAUGAGUAAGUGCAAUACAAGAACAGACAUUUAUAGUUUCGGGAUACUUCUAUUGGAAAUUCUUUUGGGGAAGAAACCUGGUAAGGAUGCCAGAACAGGAGACUUCAUAGACCUGCCAGCAAUAGUGAAAAUUGCGGUUCUAGAAGAGAACACGAUGGAAGUAUUUGACGUAGAGGUAUUGAGAGGGAUAAGGAGUCCAAUGGAAGACGGUCUGGUUCAGGCACUGAAGCUUGCAAUGGGCUGCUGUGCUCCUGUUCCUUCUGUAAGGCCUGAUAUUGGCGAAGUAGUGAAACAAUUGGAAGAGAACAGACCACGGAACAGGUCUGCUUUGUACAGCCCGACUGAGACAAGAAGUGGAAUGGACACACCCUACUGAUCGUCUCUACAUUUUGUUGUGCGACCACCUAUGGUAUUUUUGCUGGGCUCCCUGACAUGGACUUGGCACGAUCAUGGAAAUAGAAACAACUUUAAUUGCAUUUCAAAGUGAGGCAGAAAAAAGGUGGGAUUCUUCAUCCUUUGAGUGUGUGGUGUGUUCUGUCGUGAUUAGGACAAGACUGUCUUUUUCCAAUCAAGAAGACUGCAAUUCAUGUUCAUAGUGCAAUACAAGCUUCAUGUAUUUUUCCUCCCCAUCUUUCUCUUUUCUAAAGCAAUAUUGUAACAAAGAAGAAUUAUAACCAGUGAUCUUGCUAUUACUUUAUGAUACACCUUUUGCUUUGCA